AUGGAGGAAAAGGUUCGCUCGUUCAACAACCUCCCGGGCCCGGCGGAUAUGGAGUUACCCAACCUGUUUGGUCGCAACCACUGGGUUUUUGGCGUCUGCCAUGUUGAGAUCAAGAACCCCUCCGAAAUUCUUAUAGCCGUCAACCCAGGAUUUGAUUUUAUGAAGGAGGCCAGCCCGUGUCAAAUACUUUCAAUGCCAACAAUACAAGGGAAAGCUGAAGCGACGGUUCCCCAUCUUUUGGACGCCUUUCUCAUACCCGAGGGAUUCAACCCUAAAGCUACGGCCCUCUUGCCUGGCUCAUGGUCCACCUUGGAACCCGAGAUGGCGCAGGCGAUCGAAGAUGAGCUGAAGAAGCACGGCGUGACACCGGCGCUUUGCAAAGUGGGCAUGGUUUUUCGAGAGCCGGGUAAACUGGGCGAUUCUACAAGGUGUCAUGGCUGCCGGAUGGGUCAGGCGUCGUUUUUCGAAGCGCUCAAACGGUGUGCGCAGUGCGGCCGGGCGUGGUAUCACUCGAGAGGGUGCCAGAAGGCGUACUGGAUAGUGCACAAGGAAACAUGUCGCGCACCUGCUGCCACCGCUUCACCUGCUGCCACCGCUUCACCUGCUGCCACCGCUUCACCUGCUGCCGUCCCUCCUCCAAAGCUCGACGCCCAUGACUAUUACACUACAAAGGCACCUAACGACCCGGAGGCCCGAGAUUUGAUGAAAUCACUUUGUCUUGAAGAUGAUUCAAAACGUGGUGGAAUAGGGUGCGCAUCGUUCCCGUCCCCUUGCAGACUUUUAUGGAAAACAAUGGUUGCUGAUACAGUGUUUAGCCUGCCUCGAUACCGCCUCAUUAUCACAGGUCAGGACACGCCAGAAAAUAUGCGGCUCCUAUUUGGUCCAGACUAUGGAACCAGCCUGGAGGAGCAGCAUGAAGAAGUCCGUCUGCAGUGCCUACUCGAGCCGCGCCCUGGAUCUCCAGCGCACGUUAUGAUUACCAAGAUGAAUAUGAAUGAUUCUUGUCUUGUUCGAGCUUUGCGGCCGGCGACCGAGGACGAGGAAGGGAAGAUUGCUGAAGUCAGAGGAUUGCAGGCUUUGAUUCAGGGUAGGGUGGGUGACUGGCCUGGGAUGGUGCUGAGUUAUAGUUUGGCGGUGAGAACCCUGGACCAGAGGCGUUUUGGUUGGUGGUUGCCGUAG